ACAGCCAUGCCUCGAAGGCGACAUCGUUCAGAGAGCUGUGACUCGAACAGCUCAUCAGACAGCAGCUACCGACACAAGCGCAAGCGACUUGCUAAGAACCACCGGCGGGACGAAGACGGGGGCCGGCCGUCGUCGUCGUCCCAUCACCGGCGGCGCAGUCGUCGCAGCCGUCGGGAGCACCGCGGACCACCGCACCACUGCUCGCGGUCGCCCGUGCGGAGGCCCCCGAGCGUGGAGGACGACGAAGAGGGCCAUCUGGUGUACCGGCCGGGAGACGUGCUACAGGACAGAUACAAAAUCAUCACCACUCUGGGCGAGGGCACCUUUGGCAAAGUGGUCAAGGUGACUGACUUGCACACGGAGCAGACAAUGGCAUUGAAGAUAAUCAAGAAUGUGGAGAAGUAUCGUGAGGCAGCCCGCCUGGAGAUCAACGUCCUUGAGAGGUUGGCCAAGUGGGACCCAACGGGCAAACACCUGUGUGUCAAGAUGCUGGACUGGUUUGACUACCACGGCCACAUGUGCCUGGCCUUUGAGAUGCUUGGCCUCAGUGUUUUUGACUUUCUGAAGGACAACCACUACCAGCCGUACCCGAUCGAGCAGGUGCGGCACAUUGGCUACCAGCUCUGCUACUCGGUCAUGUUCUUGCACGAGAAGCAGCUGACGCACACGGACCUCAAGCCCGAGAACAUUUUGUUUGUCAACUCUGACUACGACAUCAGCUACAAUGCCAAGAAGAAGCGCGACGUGCGACGUGUCAAGGACACCAGCAUCAGAUUGAUAGACUUUGGGUCGGCCACGUUUGACGAGGAGCACCACUCGACCAUCGUGUCGACGCGCCACUACCGAGCGCCCGAGGUGAUCUUGGAGCUGGGCUGGAGUCAGAGCUGCGACGUGUGGAGCGUCGGCUGCAUUCUGUUCGAGCUGUACCUGGGUGUCACCCUGUUCCAGACGCACGACAACCGGGAGCACCUGGCCAUGAUGGAGCGCAUCCUCGGGCCACUACCUUAUCGCAUGUGUCGCAAGACCAAGACCAAGUACUUCUACCAUGGUCGCCUCGAUUGGGACGAAAAGAGUUCUGCAGGGCGCUAUGUCAAGGAGAACUGCAAGCCGCUUCAGCGGUACAUGUCCAUGGACGAUGAAGCGAGCCGGCAGCUGUUCCACCUCAUCUCUCAGAUGCUGGCCUACGAACCGUCGCAACGCAUCUCGCUGCGCGAGGCCCUCGACCACCCCUUCUUCGAGCCUCUGCCCGAGGAGGCCAAGCUGCACCUGCAUGCCCGAGACCACAGCCUGAGCAGGUGACCAUGAUGCCUGGGGCCCCAAUGAGCAGCGGCCUCUGAUCCACAUUGUAGAUACACCCCUCCCUGGGAGGAAAAUGCCAGUGGCCCACAAGACACCACAGGCGGCUUCUUUU